GCCACUCUCUAUUUAUUAUGUUAAAACAAACGUGACUCGUAAUGGCUCGUUAAUUACUCUGCAGAGACAGUGUCCGGAUUGGACCGACAGACUCACAGACAGACAUCCGUCGAUGCCGCAGCGCUAGUGUGCUCAACAAAGGCUCAGGCCGGGGAGAGGGCCAUUUUUACCAAAUACAAAGGAAGCAGAGCAGCGAGGGAGGGAAGGACUAUGGGAAUGACAGGAAUAGCGAAAUAUCACUUUACGAAAUCGCAAUGUGCCGUCAAACCAAACACUGAACAAUGGGUGAGAAGUGACCAGUCAUGACUACAACAGAAUAUAGUGUGUACUAACGACAGUACAGCAAAUAAAUAAUUUAGAUGUCGAACUGCCUGCUCUCAGAGCCGACUGCGCAUCACGGUGGCAAAAUGCCGGAACAGCACUGAUGAUAUUAGACUCUGACAGACACUGUACGACGUAAUCUAUCCUAAUUUUGAAAACAGCCGUGAAAGAUUAUCGUCUGCUGAACUGAUGCAGUGAGAUUUACUGUAAUUUAGCUCAAAGAGAAAGAUUUUCAAUCUAUUUCAACCCAUGGGCCAAUUAGCCAUUGACUUUCCCCUGCAUCAUGUCACGCCGGAAACAGAAAAGACCUCAGCACUUUUUCAGCCCCAUCCUCAACACUUCGUGGCUACUUCAACAUGAGGAGCAGUUGGCAUUGAAGUCCCUCACCUCUACUCUUGCAAAAAACUCUUCCUGCUCUUUCUCAUACUCAACAACUCGAGGCGGCCAAUCUUCCUUAAACCCAAGCCCACCAGUUGAGAGGCUCACAAAACCUUCUCUGACUAGAGCCAGCCAUCGUGUCUAUCACAUCCCCAGCCAACCCAUACAAUUUCCUUCAAACCUCACAGAGUCUCACCUUUUCCAAAUUUCUGAUAUCCCAUCCCAUUCUACUAAUCAGUGUAUGACUACCAUUGCACCAUCUGUCCUCUGUACCCACAACCACACUCAUUUACCCAUGGCUUCUCCAAAGUUAGGUGUGUCAGCAACCACAACCUCCUCUUCAUCCUCCUCUGCUGCUGCUUCUCUCUGUGUGCCUCCACAUCCUGGAAGCCACAGUUCUGUGCCUCAGGGUCCCCCAAGUCCAGUUACACCCUCUUCCAGCCCAAGCACGGUCCCUUCAGCCCCAGCAUGUGCACCCGUCAGUAUUGCUUUCAUCUUGGAGGAGCUACGUGUGCUGCAGCAGAGGCAAAUUCAUCAGAUGCAGAUGACUGAAGAAAUCUGUAGGCAAGUACUGAGAUUGGGAGGAGGAUCUUGUGAAGUGGAUUCAAAACCAUAUAUACUACCAUCUCUGCCACAGCUCUGUUUAAAAGAUUCUGAUAACAACCCCAGAACCUCCCGACCAAAGUCAUCACCUCCCCCUACCUCUGUGGCUCCUCUUUUGGCCUGUUUCUCAUCCCUGCUACCCCCCCAGACCACCUCUAAGUUCUCCAAACAUGCCCACCCUCUCUUGAAUGUCUUACGCCCCCAUAAAGCACAGUAUGACAGGGGGGUAGUUACUCCAGCAAGCUUCACCAGUCAUACAAGUGCUUCCACAUCUUCAUCAAUGUCUACACCUGCUGCCUCAAACUAUCCACUCACACUUUCUCUUGGCCUUCCAUCCCAAAAAUCAUCCACCAUAGGAGCUAGUGGACACAGUGGUGUGACCUUCCCAAACCAAUCUAUACCAGCAGCUGCUGUCCCUUCAGUCCCCUCACAGGAUCCAAAACUCUCUGCUCAAGGAGGUACAACUGUCUUAUCGUCAGGGCGUAUGCAGCAUGCUUGCCGAUUUUGUCGGAAACUCUUCAGCACUGAUUCAUCCCUCCAAAUACACUUGCGUUCACACACAGGGGAGCGUCCUUACCAGUGUCCUGUAUGUUUCAGUCGAUUCACCACACGAGGGAACCUGAAAGUCCACUUCUUGCGGCAUCGUGAGCAAAACCCUGAACUCUCUUUUUCAUUGUUUCCCUGUUCGCUUUUUGCAUCUGUAACUGGAGGAUCAAUGGGAAGGCCAGCACAAACACAGAACUCCACCAAUGCAAAUGCUACUCAGAGGCAUCAAAAACCGCAAGAGGAUGAUCUGUGUGGCGACAGUCCUGAGGGAACUACUGCCUCAACACGUGCCACAACCUCAUCUCAUCCUCCUAGUAUUGAUUUGGCCCUGCUGACCACUGCACACUCUCUCCUUCAGCUCAAUCGUGCUGCUGCUGCUGCUGCCGCUGCUGCAGCCUCUACAUCCACUACCUCCUCAAUCACAUCCUCAUCACCAUCCUCUCUGGCCUCCACCCUUCUUUCAGCUCCUGCCUCAUCCACCUCCUCCAUUGCUGGGGUGUAUAAAGGAGUCAAACGCUUUGAUGAGAACACCCCACCAAUACCUACUCUGCUCCCCCAUUCUGCUUACUCACAGCUUGCCAAUUUACCCAAAAUCUUCUUCCCAGCAUCUUCCGCUCAGCAUCAUCCAGGCCAUGGGUUUCUCAGGCCAACAACUCCAGCUGGAUCGUUCCUGCCAUCCCCACAACAACACAUCACGUUCCCAUUCACAGCAUCAUCCACUACCCCAUCCAUCUCGACCCCAACCUCGGACACAUCGAAGCUGCAGAGGCUGGUGGAGAAGUUGGAGAAAGAACCACAAGGUCAGUCAAAUUGGGUUUCAUCCAUUGGGGAGACUUCUACCAGCGGCCAUAGUGUAGCAGGAGCAUUAAGCUAUAGCAGCAGUGGUUUAAUGAGCACAAGCACAUUCAGUACAAAUGUGGUCACCUCACUUCCAUCGUCUACAAUCCAAAUACCAUCAUCCCUCUUCAGCAAGGAGUCACCCUACCUGGGACUUAUGAAUUCUGCUGGGACACUUGCCCCUAAUCAAUGUAGUGUGUGUCUGCGGGUGCUAAGCUGCCCAAGAGCAUUGCGUUUGCACCAGGCUACUCAUUUAGGUGAGCGACCCUUCCCCUGCAAGCUAUGUGGUCGUUCCUUCUCAACUAAAGGAAGCCUUCGAGCACACCUAGCCACCCACCGUGCCCGCCCUCCAAACAGUCGCGCCCAGAAUUCUUGCCCCUUAUGCCAGCGGAAAUUUACCAAUGCCCUUGUACUACAACAUCAUAUCCGCAUGCACUUAGGAGGACAGCUACCACCAGAGCACAUGCCAGAUACCUCAACAGAAUGUGAUAUUUUGUCCCAUUCCGAGUCUAUUGAGCUCUCUGCUUCAGAAAUCAGCCCUAGUGCUACAGAUGUUCAGUUACUAGAUGCUGAUCUACAGACAGUUUCGGAUGUUCCCAUAACCUCCAGCCUACCUGCUUCACUUAGCUCAGGUUUUGUACCACCAUUAGACCUAACCCCUGACCCAUCCCUGAAUCCAACCCCUCAUUCACCUCCAAUAUUCAGAGCUGAUUACCCUGAGCUCUCAAUCAGUGUACCUUCUCCAGUGGAAUCUGCAGCCUCCCUUGUCAUUCUGGCCACCCAGUCAGCAUCAGCAACAACUGGUCUUUCUACCACUGAUGAACUAUCUUUUGAAAUUUCCAGCAACACUGCCUUCUUGGAAGAUAAAAAAAUGUCAUGCUCCUCUGCUCUGAAGAAAGCAAGUCCACUAAGAGAUGACUGUGAACAUAGUGAAAAUAUAUGUGUCUCACCUAUUCCUUGCUCUGCAUCCAGAUCAAAUCUGGAGGAUCUUCUUGGUAUACAAGGUCAUAAUGCAUCCAGAGUUCCUCCACCACAUUCAGAAUCAACACCACCUUCUCUCCUUACGCUGGGAUCUGAGAGUGCGUCUUCUCAUACAGUACGCCUAGAGGAGCCUGACCAAAGCCUUCUCCAAAUAUCCAAAUUAAUCCCCCAAGAGUUCCCUAAGGAAGAAAAGAUGGAAGAUAAAAUGCAUAAAACACCAAAGAAUGGACAAAGAACAACUCCAGAUUUGAGUAUUAAUGCAGAUACGGAAUCAAACACUGUGAACAAGACAAAUGAGGAUGAGACUGAGGAUUGUGACACACGUGUGCAGAAGACCAUAAUGGAAGCUCACUGUAGUUCAACUGCAAAGGAUAAAGUGGAUCAUAAAGAUAUAACAGGAACUGAAAUGGACAGAACAGAAUCAACUGUAUGCAUAUCACUGACUCCCAGUCUUCCACCUCCAAUGCCAGAAAAAAAAAUAUACCACUGUUCUGAAUGUGGAAAAGAGUAUGCAAGUCGCAGUGGACUUAAGGGACACAUGAAGCACCAUGGAGGAGUUGCCAAGGCACCCCGAGCUCCUGCAAAGACCAAGGGCCCAGAGAGAGUCUUGCAUCAUGAGCGGUCUCACCACCUUGCAACCUUCCUGCCACCAGGACAUCAGUGAGUUUCUUGAACCAAGCCCUCCGAAAACAUCAGCAAGCAUCAGAGAGCUCUCCACUAGACCCUGUUAAAAAAAAUCUGAAAAAAGUGUUAAAAUGAAUUUAAUAGCUGACAAAUGGGAAGGAACCUGAAGGAUAUUUUGGACUAUGACUUGACUGAAAAAAUAAAUACAAAAAAAACACAACCCCACUCAUGUGCACACAGUAAACACAUAGAGGGUUAUUUCUUGGUUUUGAAAAUGUCUCUGAUCUUUAACCCAGAUCUUUUAUAUUAAAAUACCUGCAUUGUGUAUUUUAAUAUAUGUAAUGAUGUCUAAAUAUAUCUUAUAGAACUUCUUUGAAUAUUAUGUGAUGUUCUUUUAGAUAAAUGUUAAUUGUUUUGUCUGUGUAAGGUAAGACGGAUUUGUUUACUUUUCCAAAGUAAAGAUCUUAAGGUAGCUAAGGAUUUGAACAAUAGCUUUGGGUGAGGAACAGACCAAAAUUUAUUAAGCCAAUGAUGACAUAAUUGAUCACUUUCUCACUAAGAGUUAUUGUAUUGGCAUACCAUUUCUCUAUUCUUAAAUAACAACAUUUAAAAAAUAUAUGCAGUUUUUGAUCAAAAUCUAUAAAAGAUGGGAUGGUAAAAUUUGGAGGGAGUGUAUUUCAAAUGAAAAAAUAUAAAACGCACCUUGUCAAUACCUUGUUCCAGGGCAGCCAUGCACAAAUGAUUAUCAAGCUCUUCAGUUUUCAUAAUAAGCUCAAAUGUAAAAAAAAAUAAAAAUACCCUACUCAAAACGCUUAGUACAGACAGUGCAGCUGGAGCUAAGAGGAAGGAAAUGUUAAAUUGUUUUCAUAAGGCAAACCAACCUGUGAACCAGUGCUUUUAACAAGCUGAUAUUUUAAACACUUCAUAAAAUUUACAUUAUGUAAAUUCACAUGAGAUACUCUUGACUUGUACUAAAUCUUCAGGCUUUUACGUAACAGUUUAUCAGUUGGGAAGCACCAAAACACCAAACUGUAAAUAUGACCUGUCAAACUAUGUCCAUUGUGUCCAUGUUUGUCCUGUCCAGCUGUACAGUAUUAGACAAUAUACUGCUCUUAACAUCAACUAGACUAAAGAGUAGGGUAAGAUUGUUUAACAAGCCUGUAUGUCAGUGUAAGCUCUUGUUACUUUAAUAUUGUUAGUGUAGCUAUUGAAAAAGGUAGAAAUAAAUUGACUGAUUCUGAGAUGAACCAUUAUCUAGCUUAAAAGGUAACCCUUUCUAUAAUUCUUGGUGAAAAUGUUUAUUUCUUCGGUGAUGUUUGUUCUUUGCCUGGAUACUUUUACAUGUAUCUUCUAUAGAAAUGAAUUGGGUGUAUGAGUCUGACUGUAAUAUGUAGUUUCAUGGUACAGCUAAAAGAUAAAAAAGAAAUAAAAACCAGUGUAUUCAUGA